UAAACACCCCCAAACAUUAGAAUCAUCACACCACAUACAGGCAUUGCACUCCAUUUUGCUUACCUCCUCUUAUUCACCAUCUAUUUUCAUAGUUUUCUUAUCAUCUCAAACACCAGUUUCCCAUGGCAAGUGCUGAGGUUGCACAGGCUACAGUGGUGCCAGAGGUGAGCGAGAAGCUAGAAGCAGUGGCUGUAGUUGAGGAGAAGGUUGUGCCAGUCUCCGAGACCCCUGUCCCGGACGCCGACCCAAAAAUUGAAUCUCCUCCAGAGGAAUCAGCCGCUCCCGAAGUAGAACCAAGUCCAGAAACUGAGGCUGCUCCCGAAGUAGAACCAAGUCCGGAAUCUGAGGCUGCUCCCGAAGUAGAACCGAGUCCGGAAUCUGAGGCUGCUCCACAAGUCGAGAGCAAGGAUGCGGUCGCAGAGGCUCCAGCCGCAGAAGAACCAGUAACAGAGAAGAAAGAGGAAGAGGAGACAGUAGUAACACAAACAACUGAAGAAACUGUUGAAAAAACUGCAACUGUUGAGGAGGCCCAAGAACCAGCUUCAAUUGAGAAAACCGAAGAAACUGAAUCCAAGGAAGAGAAACCAGAAGAAGCCCCAGUUGAGAAGGCAGAAGAGUAGAAGUUGCUGUGAAUCUCAGUCCAAGUGAUUUCAUAUUUCCUUGAGGUUGAUUAUGGGUUGGUAACCUUAGGUUUAGAGUGAGAUUAAGGGUUUAGGGUUGGUUAGAAGCAAUAAAAGUGUGGAAGCAUAUUUGCUACCAUUAGAGAGGGUCCUGUUGCCACUUGGGCAAUAAUUAUGAGCUUGUGCGUGUGACAAAGAUUCCUUAUGGUUGUUUUCUAUCUGAGUGACAUAAGGGCAUAUAGUAUUAAUAUAUAAAAUUGCUUGUUGCAAAUUGUUAGUUGCAUAUAUAAACUCUUCUGAUCAAUAAAUACAGGUAGAGUCCUGUCGCAU